AAUGUGUGUUUCGGUUUUAUUUUCUGCUGUAAUCAGGUAUCGUGCACUUGAUUCCAAAAUAAGUUGAUUGUACUCCCGCAACAGCGAGUGCUUUUUGUUUAAUAAAUACAAUUAUAUAUAGGUGCUAAAUUGAUAAAAAAACGGGCAAAACAGCCAACACCCGAGCUUGAUUGCAUUAUUGAACGAGUAGAACGUGUGAGUCUUUUCAACACCAACGAAGUGAUAUUAUGGCAUUCGCCCAAAAUUUAGUCAGGUGCAGCAUUAAUGCUGCCGUACGCAAAAGUCCCAAAAACUUAGCAAAACAUGCGAAUAACUUUAGUUUCCUGCAAAGGUGGGCGAAUCUUAAUACAAUAACGAAUCAACAAUUUGUGCGUACAUUUUCUGUUGGCACACAGCUUCAGCAAGAUGUGAAUGUUACAUUUUUACGCGCAAAUGGCCAGAAAAUACAGACAAAGGGAAAAGUUGGUGAUACAUUACUGGACGUAGUGGUGAAUAAUCACAUUGAUUUGGAUGGGUUUGGUGCAUGUGAAGGAACUCUUACCUGUUCCACAUGCCAUUUAAUCUUCAAAAUAGAAGAUUUCGAAAAAUUACCGGAUAAAGCUAGUGAUGAAGAACUAGAUAUGCUGGAUUUAGCUUAUGAACUUACUGAAACCUCACGGUUAGGUUGUCAAAUAACCCUUUCGAAGGAUAUGGAUGGAUUGGUUGUAAGUGUGCCUACAACAAUAAAUGACGCACGCAGUGCGUAACCGCGGUUAAGCACUUGUUAAACUAAUUGCACACUUGACGGAACUAAACAACUAUACAAACAUAGAGACACUGUUAUAUAUAUAUAUAUAAAACAAAAUGUAAUGUAGCAUUGUGAUAACACCGACAAAAUGUGUUCGCCGCGUCUACGUCAAAUAAAUUGAUUGCCCGGAUGUUGCUUGCAUAAAUGAAUAUAAUAUUUGUAUAUAAACCAAUGCAUAUUGUUAAAUUUUAUGUAUAUACAUAUGUACAUUUAUAUAUAGUAGUUUAAAUCGUCCCAAUCCUGUUGAAAACUAAACCAGUAAGAACAAAGCAACAUAAGUGUAAACAAAAAAUUUAGAAGAAUUUUAACUGCUUAUUUUUAUAAAAUAAAUAUGUGCUUUAAGCGAAAAUUAAA